AUGUGACAUUACAUUUCAAAUUUGUGUAAAAUUUUCGUUAGUUCAUUUGGUCCUCAUCAAAUCUUUCAGUGCAGAUUCUUCAUUGCAGGGAGUACCACAAUUCGAAAUGAGCAACGUCGACCGGCUGUGAUAUAAGUCCGUACAGACAGAAACACGAAUACUUGUGUGUGCGUUCAAUUCCCACCGUCGUCUCAGCCUCCGGUGGAGAUAAUCAGGCUAAUCGACGUCCCAGAGAAUCGAAAACAAUAAUUGAUCGUCGACGACGACUUCGAAGAGGGACCGCAGGCAGAGGGGAUUCGAUAUCAGCAGACAAAAUAGAAUCUCCGAACCUGCUAUCUAAUCUACGCCCGCUCGAUCACCACCACGCCACUACGUAGUCCGCCGCAGUUGCUUGCACGAAGCCCAGAAGUUCAGUUCGGAGCUGCGCGAGGUGUCCGGUCAACACACGGGAGAGAACAGUCAGUUGACGAGCAUCCGAAGGACAGUGCGCACGCAGUCUUGACGCAGUGCAAAGUUCGCGUAGUAUCUGAACCGUGAGUGAGUGUCGAAAACUUGACAGUUAAGUUAACAUGGCCGCCGACUCGGGUAUGGAUACUUGUCCCUCGCCCGAAAUUGCGGACUCGAGGAAACGACCACUCGACGGGGACGCCGAGAACGGCGACACGAAACGGUCCCAUUUCAGUUCAGAUAUACCUCGUUCUACCAAAAUCGACUCGCAACAGGACUCUAGUAUGGAAUCUGGAGGAGAUGGGACACAUCACUUCAAAGUAUUGGUCCCCAGCACGGCAGCAGGUGCCAUUAUCGGUAAAGGAGGCGAAACUAUAGCCCAACUACAGAAAGAUACGGGAGCCCGCGUCAAAAUGUCAAAAUCGCACGACUUCUAUCCAGGUACUACGGAACGAGUAUGCCUCAUCACGGGUACUGUGGAUGCAAUAAUGGCUGUGAAUGAUUUUAUAAUGGACAAGAUCCGCGAAAAACCCGAGGUGAAAGCCAUGGUAGAGGGCGACACGAAGACGGAUAGAGAUAGGCAAAUGAAAAUUUUAGUACCAAACUCCACGGCGGGCAUGAUUAUCGGUAAGGGCGGAAACUUCAUAAAACAGAUAAAGGAGACCAGCGGGUCCUACGUACAGAUUUCGCAGAAGUCGAAGGACGUCAGUUUACAGGAGAGGUGCAUAACUGUGAUAGGUGAUAAGGAACAAAACAAAGAAGCAUGUCUGAUGAUAAUCAGCAAGAUCGUCGAAGACCCUCAGAGCGGAACGUGCCUCAACGUGUCCUACGCGGACGUGAACGGACCAGUCGCCAAUUUCAACCCAACGGGUUCGCCAUUCGCCAAUAACGGAAAUGGCUUCAACGCUUCCACCACCAGCCUGAACAGUAAUAUAAGCUCGACCAUCAUGCUGAAUGGGGGUCUCAACAUGAGCCUCAAUCUAGGACAGCCGGGACAGGGAGUCGGCAACAUAACUGCCCAGUUAUUGGAUCAUAUAAAGGUCCAGUUGAGGAGUACCGGUUAUUCCGAGAGCCAUGUAGCGGAAAUAGCUACUGCUUUGACUGUCCUAGCCAAAUACGGAAUUUUAGGAAUGGGUCUAGGUUUGGGCACUACACAUGGUGCUCUCCCAGUUUCUAGCUAUCUGGGUGUAAUGGAACAAACCGGUGCUACUGUAACCAACACUAGUGCUAUGUUCGGGGCACUUGGGCAAGCAGCCUUAGGUGACUGUUUAGGGGCUACUACACCAUCGAAUCGACAGAGCUUGGAGCGCUACGAUGCUGCUUUUGAUCCAUUUCGGCACCAAGCCUCCGCUGCCACGGCCCCCAUAUCACUGAACAAUAACAGCUUCGGUCUAGGAACAGGUCAGCAGAUGACAGUUCUCAGCAAAAGUCCAACACCUGCCGAACUCAGCGGUCCUAAGGACACUAAAAAUGUAGAAAUUCCAGAAGUUAUCGUUGGUGCUAUUUUAGGUCCAGGAGGUAGAUCCCUGAUAGAAAUUCAACAGAUGAGCGGUGCUAAUAUUCAGAUAUCGAAAAAGGGCGUCUUCGCCCCUGGUACUCGAAAUCGCAUGGUUACCAUCACCGGAAACCCUCACGCGAUACAUACAGCCACCUAUCUUAUAGAGCAACGUAUCUCCGAAGAGGAGAUGAAACGCGCAAGAAACAACGGAGGGUUGAGCAUCAACCCUCUGGCCAUGCAGUGAUAUCAUCAGUUCACUUCGACGAAAUUAUUCAUUCACUAAGAGAGGUACGCGCAGCAGAGCUUGUAAUUAGUUUUCAAUUAGAUAGCUAUCGGGUGGCUUUGAAUUUUUCCAAUCAUACAACACUGAAAUUGAAUAUGCAACUUUCUUCUGAUCUUGAAUGAAUAUUUUCAAUUGACGUUUCCGAUAAAAAACCUAUAGCCGAUUUGAUGUAAAUAUUCUCAAUUAGAUUUCAAUUGUACCUAUGGAAAGAUUCCAAUUCACCUAAUUUUCACAUAAUUUUCGAAACUAAUCAUUCGACGAAAUUUAUAGUCAUAGUAGAGAAAUAUGACAGCAGUCAUGUUAAGUAUUGAUUCUGAAUUCGAUUUCACUGUUGCAAUUCAAUAUCUUAUGAAUACUAAAAAUUUUAUGUGCUUCAGAACACAAUGUUUGUUUAUUUCUUUUGAUAAGAUUUGUUGAAAAUUUAUGUUAUAAAGUGUCGGGUAAUGUUAAAAAGAAAUUCAUAGUCUAUUAUAAUUAGAUUUUAUUACCUCUGUUGAUAUACCAAUUCAUUUUAAAAAUUUGUUGUUGGUUAUUACUAAUUAAUUUUUUUCAUUGAUUAUUUACAUUGUAUCAUGUCAUAUAUGUGUAUAUGUCAUGUUUUAUUGAAAUUUUAUUAAAAAUGAACAUUGAUAAGUAUAAUUUUAUAUAUCUUCAAGGAAAGUGUAUAUGUUAUAUAUGUUAACUGAAGUGGUACUUUGUGAUAGGUAAUGUUAAGCAGAAGAUUAUAUUUCCAAAAUUUGUACCUGUAUUUGAACCUCAAUUAUCGCUUGGCUGGCCAAAAUACACAAAUCAUCCGAAAUAGAGUGAUAUUACCCAUCGCAAUACCGAUAUCACAUAUUAUCCCGUUUAUAAUGACCUGUCACAUCUUAACAAAAAUGCUUUUAACAGCAAGAACUGAAGUUACCAUUAUAGGUGUUCAACAUAGUCACUCUUUGAAUCGGGGCAAUUAUAAACGGUGAUCAUUUCAUUUCACUCAUCUAUUUGAUGGCAUGACAUUGUAAAUAGUCAUAAAGUAGCCAUCACAUUUAUUCAUCCAAAUUCAAAGCUUAUAGAAUUAUAUUGAUUGAAUAAAUAUAUAUGAAUAUAUAUUAUAUAAAUAUGGAAAAUAUAACUGAAAUUAUGUAUGUAUAUUGUUGUUAUCGCAUGUUGUUAUAUUGUUAAUGUUUGGACACUUUCAGAACAAUUUUGAACUGAAGCCGUUGACAAAUCGAAUAUUCCACCUAAAUUUCCAAUAUGCUGUUUUCUGAAUUAUAUCAAUUUACAGACAAUAAUAAAGAUUUCCUGAUAAUUUAAUUAAACAAUCACUAGAAUAAAAUGUUACAUACUAUAGAAAUCAAUUUUAUCACUAAACAAGUUUUUCUCAAAAUUGGAAAUGGAGACAUUAAUGAGGAUAUCCAAAAAUUCACUUGCUAUCUGUUAAUUAUGUUAUUCUGAUUUCAAUAUCUAAUUACAUUCAAUUUGAAUAGUGUUCUUUUUCACUUGUUAUUCUCAUCCUACUAUCGCUAAACAUAUAUUAAUAUAUAUUCGUAUUCUGGGAGCUUUGUAUACAACAGUGUUGAUUAUUAUAUUUUUUUCUGUUAUAUCUAUGCAGGUCAUAGAUUUUAAUGUGGCAUUCCAUAUCUUAUAGUUAUAUUAAAUUGAAAAUUAAGUCAUAUCAAUUUAAUCGAUUGUUGACGGCAUAGUUUACUUAUUGAAAUGCCGAAACGCUGCAUAGUCUCAUUGUCUAAAUGUAACGUGAUUUAAAGUAGUUAAACAAUAGUAAUGUUGGUAAGCCUCUGCCCAAGAACAUCUCUAGUAAAUUCAUUUUUAUUGAAUUAAGUUUCAACAAUGGUGAUUAUGUUUAAAAUCAACUUAAAUCAAUUCUGGGAUAUCUGAUUUUAUGGCGAUAAUGCCAUAACAUAAUGGAUAUCGAUUCAUAAAUUUUAGCAAAUACUUAACAAUUAUGCCUUGAAAUUAUGGACAUAACCUUUGAAUUAUAUGUAAAUUACUAUAGGAAAUGCUCUUCUAUAUAUUCUGGUCUUAUCUGUAAUUGUCUAUUUGAUGUUGUGGGCUGAGGAAGUUGUUUCAAUUUAAAGUUGUGCUUUUUUAAAUAAUCUACUUAUGAAAAUAAUUCUACUCAUGUUGACAGUUUAGGAUAUAAGGAUGUUAUAUGUCAGUUUAUUGGUCUUUCUUUUUCAAGAUACACAUGCCUCAUACUUUGAUAUAACCUGUUCUAUACAACAUACUGUUGCUGUGAUAUUCAUCACGUCACGUCGAGUCAUCAAAUUUCAUAAAGGGAAAUGACAGAAGACCUAUUAAUUUCACAAUAUCACUGAUUAUAUAAUCGUUUGAAAUUGCUAUUUACUUUAUUACAUGAGGGCGAUGGUGUUGAGAAAAUUUGUUGGUAUUCAAAAAUUUAAUAUCGUUAUAACUGCUUUGUUGUAUCAAGACAACAUAAUAUUCUAAAGGUCUAAAGAACAAUCAGAAACAAAUUUCACAUUGUAUAGUAUCUUUGGAAAUGUCUAAUCAUGGCAAAUUAUUCAUCUAUCAGUUUGCUCCAUUAUUGAAUUUCACCUUUAAGUCAUACAUAAAAAAAUUGAGAAGUCAUCAAAACUUAUUCAUGGAUUUCUUCAAGUCCCUUGUUUGAUCAUUAAUCAGUUGUAUUAUAUUCCUAUCUAAAUAUACAAAGCGAAAUAGAUAUUUGAGUGCAAAUGAUCAGUACAUUAAAAACUGUCAUAGUAAAUAAUAUGUUGGUAUGGAAAUAAGACCAUUCAAACAUCUCAUGAAGCAUGAAAAUUUAUGUAUAUUAUUGUAUAUUGCGAUUUUUGAAGUUUUAGGUGUAAAAAUUUGUGAAGAAAAAGUUCAUUACCAUUCAUUUAUAUCCAUAAUCAUUUGGUAUUGGUUCAAAGGGUUUAUAUUUUAUUAAGAGGAUUUUUGUUAAUGUUUUCUUCAAUAUUACUUUGAAUACUUCCACUAAGAAAUUAUGGUUUAUUCAAAAUGGCCUAAAAAUAUUUCAAUACCUUUGGAAAACAUUAAUGACUAUUCUAAUUAUUAUUUUUUCUUCGUAGUCACUUCAUUUCAAACAUUACCACUAGAUAAGAUAUAUCAAGAUUUGACAUAGUUAUAUUGAAUAGUAUAUAUGAAUUAGACUAUUGGUACCUUAUGGGAAAUUAAAUGUGUGCCUAAUGGUUAUUACCUUGAGGUAACUGAAAAAUGCACAUUUUUUCUGAAUUUUAUUUUCAUACUGAUUUUAAGGAUGUGAUUAUUUACAGAAAAUACUGUUGAUGCACCUGUUUUCUCAAUUUAAGUAGCCAUAACAAUUUUAAGAAGGCUAUAUCCUUCAAAGUGAAAAUUAUGUCAAAAAAUUUCAAUAAUAUCAACAAGAUUGAAAAAACAGUGUGGCACUUCUAAUUUUCUUCAUCUAUUAGAUUGAAGGAUAGUAGAUACAGUAAUGAUUGGGUGAUCAAAUGUUGUGACAACUUUAUGUUGUAUUCAUAUUUUUCGUGAUAACUUCACCUUAUCAAAGCAUCAGGGAUUGGACUUACUCUGAUGAUAUUUUUCUGUUCUGGUUAAAGUUAUACACUACAUGAGAUAUAAGUAGUUAGAGUAAGAUUGUUUAUAAUGGUUAUAAGUAAAAGAAUUUAAAGAAAAAAAAUGGUAAAACGGGUUAUGCGUUUAAAAUUUUUCAACUGAAAAAGGUAAUUUGUAGAAGUCAAGUGAUCUACUGUAAUGUCCAAAAAUUCGCUCUUCACAUUGUUUGUUGUUCACGUUAUUAGAUAAGAUUAGUCCACAGCAUUGUCAACACAUUAUAUCUUAAUAAAAUCCAUAGUGCCAUA